AUGAACCAAUGCAGAUACUGUGGCUUCAAAAGGAUUGUUGCUCUGAACUCAAAAUACUACUGCGAAGAGUGCGAGGUGUAUUACACAUAUAGAAACAGUAAACAGGAAUACUCGAAUUUUCCUAUGGAAGAGACAGACCAGAUUACAGUCAGAGGUGGUUUGUGCAAGAAGUGCAAGGUGAAACACGAAAGCGGCGGAUGUGUUUGCUGCAUUACGUUUCGGGAAUACUUUAGGAAGCUUCCAUUCUGUAGAAAAUGUAAAGAAACGAAUGAAAAAUGCAUUAAGAACGCCUUUUUCAGAAACUUCAUACUUUACAAAGCACACAACAGAGUGUUUUCGGUGCUGCACGUUAUUAUUUAUGCCUUCUUGCUGUACUUUUUACAAAACAGCAUUCUAUACAGCAUUCCUACGCUGUGUAUAGUUGAGUAUCGCAUCAACAGAUCAUUUGGCGCCUUGAUGAUUGCAAGACUAAUUUUUGCAGCUGCUGUGUGGCAUUUGCCAUAUGGAAAGUUGGUCUACUGCUUGUAUUGCAUGUACUUGAUGAUGUUCAGCAAGAAAUGGCAAUACAACGUUCCAAUCAAUCUAGACAAGCCUCCAAACGACCUCCUGAAGCAUCUACAGCAUCUUUGCAUAGGAAAGUCAAGCACAGAAACAAAAUCACAAGCCAGGUGA